ACGUUCCCUAAUAUUUUACAACAUCUUCAAAAUCAUAUCAUGUAGCUAGUAGAUAUAUUUAACGCAUGAAACCACAUCACUGUACGAGCGCGUGGGUGUAUCGUAUUCCAGAAUCGAGUGACAUUAUGGUUCUGUGCCUAACUUAGCUCAGUCUGUAACAAAUAGUGACAACUAACAAGUCUUUUGUCGAGAUAACACUUAUUUAGUCUAGUACAAGACGAAGUACGGAGCGCUCGUCUCGAUUAUAUUAACCAAGUCAUAUCAACGACUUUGUCACGGCAACAUGGUUUACUUAUACGAUGAACAAUUUGGCUCAUUCAAAGGAGAAGUAGUGAAGAAGUUCACAUGGGGAACUGACAGUGGCUUUUCUGUCUCCGUGAUAUCAUACGGUGCUAUUGUACAAUCGAUUAAGGUACCUGACAAAAGCGGGAUUUUAAGCGACGUAGUCCUCGGUUUCGAUGACCUCGACAGCUAUGUGAGCCGUAAUGAUCCACACUUGGGCUCCACUGUGGGUCGGUGCGCUAACAGGAUAGGCGGGGCCAGCUUCCAAAUCGACGGCUUCACAUACCAGUUAGCCAAGAACAUAGGAAAGGAUCACUUACAUGGCGGUAUUAUCGGCUUUGAUAAGGUAAAUUGGAAUUAUACAGUGAAUGGUAAUAAGGUCAUCCUGAGCUACCUGUCCAAGGACUGCGAAGAAGGCUACCCUGGCGACCUGGUGACCAGCGUCAUCUACGAUGUGAAAGAUGACGAUACGCUAUAUGUGGAGUUCAUUGCCACCACCACUAAGAAGACUGUUGUCAAUUUGACCAACCACUCGUACUUCAACUUGGCGGGACACGGAACUGGCGCUGAGGAGGUCUACAACCAUGUUAUCAGCAUUAACGCUGAUAAGAUAACAGAGACGACCCCGGAAUCAAUUCCCACGGGCCGCUUUAUCAAAGUGGGCGGCACGGCAUACGACUUGCGAGUCCCGGCACGCCUCGGGGACGCGAUGAACAGACAGGCGGACUCCGAAUUGUAUGACGACAACUUUUGCGUCACUUCUUAUGAGGAGAAGGCGUUGAACUUCGUGUCACGGGUAACUCAUCCACCUUCCGGAAGAUACCUUGAGUUGUACAGUGACCAGCCGGGCGUCCAGCUGUAUACAAGCAACUUCCUGCCCUCCCCAAGCGAACCAGCUCUAAUAGGAAAACAGGGUGUCGGCUACAGACGUCACGGAGCAUUUUGUCUGGAGACCCAGAAUUACCCGGAUGCUAUUCAUCACCCAGGGUUCCCAAGCGCUAUUUUGCAACCUGGUGAUGUUAACAGGCAUAGAGUCAACUAUAGGUUCGGAGUGGGCAAAGAAAUCGGACCUGAGGUUGUUAUUUCGUAACUUAAUAAAUAACUAUCUGAACAAUUCUUCCCUGCUAACGAUAAGUGCAAUAUUUUCCAAGUUUCAAUUUCUCUUAUUAAGAUAGUGAAAUUACCGGAUUCGAUUUCAGUAUACAUCGUUGCAAUUUGCCAUUUAUUUAUUUUUCUUAUUUUCGAUGCAUAUUAUGUAUUUUUAUGAAUGUAUUCUUACCUACGUUUGGAGAAUGAUUGCAUGCAGGGUGAUUACGUAUCUUACGAUCGAUCUCUGCUGUCAAAAGUUACUUGAACUUCUUCUUCUUUUGAUUUAUGAGUCUUCAUAGUGCCAAAACAGCACAAUGUACUUUGCCAGUAUC